CGUCGCUUCGGUAAUCUCUUCCAACUUCCCACUAUUAAGCCUUGAACCUUCUUUCUCUCCAACGUCCAACUCAACCUCGUCGUCGCCCCGACACUGCCGCCAAAUGUGAUUUCGCCCGUGUCGCAUCAUGCUUGCCUUCUCUUUCUAGUCCCUCUCUCACGUCUCUCUUCAUCACUUCGCGUCCACUCUCUCACUCUACGUGUGUCUUCUUAUCGCCUCAAUGACUGACGGCCUCCCCAACAGCGCCUCGGUGCCGGCCGAUUCUCACGAUGAGAAUCAACCUCCUGCUCCGGCUGGGAAGAGGUCACCUUCUACAACUUCAAAGACCGGCCCCGUUGGAGAGCCCGCAUUAUCCCCUGCAAGACGUCCCUCCAACACCGCACAUUCUUCUAAAGGACGAUCAUGGCAACAAUCCUCACAAUCACAAUCACAAUCAGGCGCAGGUCUCGUCCCAUUUGGACCUUCUGGGACAUCUGGUGGCAACACUCGCGCAGGCACUGCCAACAGAACACACGUAUCCUCGGUCCAACAGUCCGCCUUUUUUCGUCCUCUGAGUGCGCAGAAAUUGCAACGACAGCGUGAUCAAAGGCCAAUAUCCCUGACCGGAGACAUGUCUGCACAGCAGAGUGAAACGGGCAGUAAUAGACUUAGUAUGACAUCAAAUAUGACGACAAGAGGUGGAAAUCUUGCGCAGCUACAGGAGUCGGAACUACGACCUCCCCCAUCAAGAGGUACCGACAUCACAUCUGACAUUCCGGACCGCACUACCGCAAACACAUCCCCGAGUGGCAUAGAAACUGUUAGGAGUCGUGGAGACAGUGUAGUGCCGUUGCAUAUUCCACUUUCCAAUCAAAUUUCGAAUCAGCAUAGGCCAGCACAUCUAGAUUUGUCAUCAACUUUCAAGAACACCCUUCAGACGCCAAGCAAGUCUCCACGAUCAUUUCGAUCUAGUUUCAUUAUUCCCAGCAGAGGCGGUGCUCCGUCAGUACCGCGACCUCAGGGACACGAGAAGUUAGCCUCUGCGGCAUCUUCUCCACGACUUACACAAGAGAAGAAGGAAGCCUUGAAACAAUCAGUCCGGAGAGAAUUAGGGAAAAAUCACCAAUACUUUUCUGGAAACACCGUCUUCUGCUGGGGUGGCAGACUACAGAAUACACGAGAUCGCCCAAUAAAUAUCAUCACUGGGUUGCUAGUAGCACUUCCUUCUGCUUUGUUUUUUGCUUUCUCUGCGCCGUGGCUAUGGCAGCAUGUUUCUCCAGCGAUACCCAUCAUUUUUGCAUACCUUGCUUUAAUCUGCUUGUCUUCUUUCUUUCAUGCAUCUGUUACAGACCCCGGCAUUCUACCUCGAAACUUACACCCAUUCCCUCCAUCUAAUCCCAACGAGGACCCCUUGACGGUCGGACCAGCCACUACCGAAUGGACUAUGGUCGUAUCCGCAACCUCUAAAUCCGCUGCUAUGGAAGUGCCUACAAAAUAUUGCAAAAGCUGUAAUAUAUGGCGUCCACCGCGUGCCCAUCACUGUCGUGUCUGCGACAACUGUAUCGAGACACAGGAUCACCAUUGUGUCUGGCUUAACAACUGCGUUGGCCGCCGCAACUACCGCUAUUUCUUUGUGUUUGUAUCAUCUGGAACUAUCCUUGGUUUCUUUCUGCUUGGAGCAAGCUUGGCUCAUUUGCUUACCUGGAUGAAUCUCGAAGCCUCCUCCUUCGGAACAGCAAUUAAUCAUUGGAGAGUGCCCUUUGCCAUGUUCAUUUACGGCGUCGUCAUCACCCCUUACCCUACGUCGCUCCUGGGCUACCAUCUCUUCCUCAUUAGUCGAGGAGAAACAACUCGCGAAUAUCUCAAUAGCCACAAGUUCGUCGCUACAGAUCGCCAUCGACCUUUCACACAAGGCAGUGUAUUAAAGAACCUUUUGGCUGUACUGCUCCGCCCACGCGCGCCGACUUAUUUGCGCUUCAAAAGUGAGUAUGAAGAAGGUGAUCAGCGGUUUGGUCCACGGAGAGGUAAAAGGACUGCGCCGUUGAAAAACGAGAUGCAAGGUGGAGGUGGUGCUGUUGAGAUGCAAGAUGUGCGCAGCUCGCCUGGUGGUUUCCACGGUCCUGCCGGACGAGGCAAUAUCAUUGAUUCGAGUAAUAAUGAAAUGUUGGAGCAGCAGAGGUGACGCUUGGUUGCCACUGGGAGUUGUAUUUCUAGUACUUAGAAGUGGUAAUCGAUGGCUUGCGAACUUCAUACCUGGUCGCUUCUAUUUUCGUCCUACAGAUGUGAGCACUGAUGAUAGAAGUAGUAAUUUCAGUGAUGUGGUCUUCAUAGUUCAGAUCGUCAUUCGCGAUAUGAUCGAUAGAUAGUGGAUUAGUCAAAGGGUUGAGAAAACUGA